AUGAACGAGAGAUACUUUUCGCUGUACGCCAAGGGCAAGACCCCGCCCGGUUCGUCCACGCCGGCCGCGGAGGCGCGCGACGCCGGGGACGACGCGCCGCCGCAUCGCAAGUGGAACCACCUCCCUCUCGACUCGAUCCGAGCCGAGUUUCCCGCGCUGACCGACGCCAACCACGACGGGUGGGCGUUCAUGGAAAACGCGGGCGGAUCUCAGGUGCCGAGACGCGUGGCGGACGCCGUGCACCACUACAUGUGCAACAACUACGUUCAACUCGGCGCGGGGUACCCUCACAGCGACAGGGCGGACGCUACCGUGCACAGGGCGCACCAGCUCGUGAAGACGUUCGCCGGGGUGCGGCCGUGCUCCGCGGGGGGCGCCGGCGGAGAAGUCAUCCUGGGCAGCUCGUCGACGCAGCUGCUCGCCACGCUCGCGUCGUGCUUCGACGUGCUCCACUCGGUAGGGGACGAGAUCGUGGUGCAGCGCGCGGGCCACGAGGCCAACAUCGGGCCGUGGGUCAACCUCUCGAAACGGUCGGGGGCCAAGCUGAGCUGGUGGUAUCCGGGCCCGAACGGCGGCGCCGGCGAAAUCGCCGAUUUGGAACAGAUCCUCACCAAGGACACCAAGAUCGUCGCGCUGUGCCACGUGUCCAACUUAUUGGGCGAGAUCAUCGACUUGCCACGCAUCGUGACGGUGAUUCGAUCCCGGGCGGCGAGGGACUGCCAGAUCAUCGUCGACGGCGUCGCGUUCGCGCCGCACCGACCGAUCGAGGUGGACAAAUGGGGCGUGGACUGGUACGCCUUCUCGCCUUACAAGGUGUACGGACCCCACGUCGGGGCGCUGUUCGGCAGCGCCAAGGCGUUGGAGCUCGUCACCGGACCGAACCACUAUUUCAUCGACCCGAAGCAGGUGCCCUACAAGUUCGAGCUCGGCGGGUGUUCGCACGAGGCGUGCGCGGGUUUGGUGGCCAUGGGCGGGUACCUCCGCAGCCUCGACAGGGCACCUCACGACCUCAACAUCGCCGGGGAUCUCGACCCGACGCGCGCGGAGUGCGUCGCGGCGUGCGAAUAUAUGACGAGGCUGGAACAGACGCCGCAGACGGUUCUCGCCGGUUAUUUAUCUCGCAUGCACGAGCGGGGUUUCGUUCGCGUCAUCGGGCCCCUCACCGACGACCCGAACGUGAGGGUGCCCACGUUUUCGUUCGUGCCCACGACGGGGGGCGUGACCGUCGCGUCAGUGGUCGCCGCGGCGCACGCGUCUAAGAUUGCCAUACGUUCGGGGAACAUGUACGGGGUGAGGCUGCUCGAGGAUCUGAACAUCGACCCCGAGGUUGGCGUGGUGCGGGUGUCCUUGGUGCAUUACAACACCGAGGAGGAGGUCGCGGCGCUGAUCACCGCGCUUAACGAGGUUCUGCUCGGAUGA